AUGCCUCCUGUUCUGCGAUGGUCAGCGAAAUUUGGAAUAUUCUUAAAGUUAUCUCCUUUCCUUCUAUUUAUCAUAUUUCUGUUGCCACCAAGAAUAUCUGCUGCUAUUGGUCAACAAUGCAAAAGAGUUGGAGCUGAAGAACUGGUAGAUGAAGAAGGUUGUGAGCUUUUGAUAGUUCGUGUUAAUCGAUGUAGCGGUUAUUGUUUUUCCUUAACUUAUCCGAGCCCACGAAGCGGUAAAACUGCUGGUGUUUCCAAGUGUUGCAGAAUGACUGAUACAGAAUGGGUGAAUGCAGAGUUAACAUGUAUUGACGGUCCAAAACAAAUAAGGAUUCCAUCAGCUUUGCAAUGUGAGUGCUUCGACUGUCCCAUAAACUAA